GGGCGGGGGCGCCCCGCCGAGUACUUAGCGGCGGUGCGGGACGGUGCGCGGUGCCGCGGCGUUGUCUCGUCCGUCCGGUGCUCGCCAUGGGCUCCACUCCGCCCGUCUUCAUCGGCGCCGAGGAGGUGGAGAAGCACCUGCACCGCGCCAGCCUCCUGCUCCCGGCGCUGGAGGCCGCCCUGGCCAACUUCUCGGCCGGCGCGGCGGGAGGCGUCGUGCAGCCCGUGCGCACCGUGGUGCCGGUGCACCGGCACGGCGGGUUCCUAGGAGUCAUGCCUGCUUACAGUGCCGCAGAUGAUGCGCUGACAACCAAGUUGGUCACUUUUUAUGAGCACAAGAAGGAUUCCUCUGUCCCGUCUCACCAAGCGACUGUCCUCUUAUUUGACCCAAGAAAUGGUUCUUUAAAAGCUGUCCUAGAUGGCAGUGUCAUUACAGCAAAACGAACAGCUGCGGUUUCUGCAAUUGCUACCAAGUUGUUAAUGCCAGCUUUUGCAGAAGUGCUGUGCAUUUUGGGAGCUGGUGUUCAAGCAUAUAGCCAUUAUGAUAUCUUCAUGGAGCUGUUCACAUUUAAAGAGGUCAGGAUAUGGAAUCGUACCAAAGAGAAAGCAGUGAAGUUUGCUAAUACAGUUAAUGGUCCGGUGCAGGUCUGCUCUUCUGCUCAGGAGGCAGUUACUGGGGCUGAUGUCAUUAUAACAGUCACUAUGGCAACAACGUCGAUUUUAUUUGGAGACUGGGUAAAACCAGGUGCCCAUAUCAAUGCUGUUGGAGCAAGCAGACCUGACUGGAGAGAACUGGACGAUGAACUGAUGAAGAACUCCGUUCUGUUUGUGGAUUCCAGAGAGGCUGCCCUGACAGAAUCAGGCGAUGUUAUAUUAUCGGGGGCAGAGAUUUUUGCUGAGCUGGGAGAGGUAGUGAAGGGUACGAAACCAGCCUUGCCUGAGAAAACAACAGUGUUUAAAUCGCUGGGGAUGGCGGUUGAAGAUACAGUAGCAGCAAAAUUUGUUUAUGACUCAUGGUCAGCUGGUAACUAGAGAGAAGUCUACAAUGCCAACGAGGCCAAGAAAAUUGUUUGCACUUAGCUUCUUUCGAUCCUUUGUUAACAAAAAGGCACCGAUCCUAUCUGAAUGGGGCCCUUUUAGAACAUACAAGAAUGAAAAGCAAAAUUCCAGCAAUAGACUAAUUCCUACAGUCUUCUAAUGUCAAGUAUUAGAUACCUGCAGUAUUACUAAUAAAUGUAUCUCAUGUAAGGGCAAGUAUUAGAUGUUUGCAGUGAUAUUUACAAGGGUAUUUUUACAUAUUUUGGUAUAAUUCUGGAAUCAAUGCCUUUCCUCCCUAAUUAUUUAUGUAGCAGAAGUCUGUGGGUGUAUUUUGUGUUUUUAGAGAGGUAAUUCAUACCAGAGUAAAAUAUAUCAGUUUGGAGAAUGGGCUCUGGCAUCAUAUCUACCUGUUGGGUGUCAGUGCUACACUGACAGUAACCUAGUCCUCAGUCUGUCCUGGAACACAGCCCACCCCUGACUCCUGGACCCCCUUCUCUUCCUGCUCAGACUGGGAUCUGGAAGUCACCAUGCCUACUUUCACCCCCCACAAUCCCCCUUCUCUGCCCUCAGACCCAGUGGUUUUUUCAGUAGAAGACUUAGAUUGCAAAAAAUGUCCAUUUUAACUGGGAGGAAACUGUACUCAAAACCUUCCUUGGUACAUUCCUGAGCGGGAUAUUGCCACUUUCAUAUUGCAAGGAGUCACCCAAAAUGUGAGUACUAAAAGUGUGUUUUGACUCAACUUUUAUCUAUAUUCUGAGGGGAGAUUUUUAUAAAUCUAUGGUGUUUGUAAGGUCUCUUUCUAAGCUUCUUGAAGAUUGGAACUGUGCAAGUUGAUUUCAGUAAGAUAAACUUCAAGUAUACAGACAAAUAUUUUCACCUUUGCUGUACUAUGUAUUGACUGGAAUUGUUCUUUUAUCCCAGAGGGUAUUUGCCAGGGCAGGAAUUUCCACGAUCCUUUCUUGGCGGAGGAACCCAGUGAUGUUCUACGCAGGGAAAAGUUCCAGUUUUGUGCUGUUAUGCAACUGCCUUACAAAAGAUUGAGCAUCUGCUGAAAAAUAGCUGUUGCCCUGGAAACAAAUUCCUGUCUCAGCCUAGAGCUGUGCCUUAUGAAAUUUUAUUUCUACUUACAUAUUAGUUCAUGCAGGCUAUUCGGAAGUGUUUCUUCACUCUGCAGAAGAAUUAGAUGACGUGGUCAUUCUAUAUUGAUGCCAGUAGACUACAGCAGAGCAACAGGAAGGAGGUUGAGAAGCAGUUAGCGUUAAAGCCCUUGAUGGUGCAUAAGUAAGUAUAGAAGAGGUUAAUGAGUGUAGUGCAGGUGUGACAAAUAAUUACAAGCCUGGUGUAAACUAGUUGGGGAAAAAGCAGUAAGUGGUAGAGUCUGUAAUUUGCAGAUUUUUAGUGUGGAAGGGGACCAGACCCGUAAGUGACUAGGGCCAAAGGAUGUGUGUGUGGGGGGGUAAACAUCUAAUUCCACUGACCUGGCUUAUAUCAGCAGAAACAAGAACAGAAAUUUCUCCAUAAGCUUUUGCAUUUUUUUCAUGGUAGCAAAAUGACCCUUCUAUUUCUAUACAUGUUUUCUUCUGCAUCACUUCUGAAGUGUUCAGAAAUGCGUGUGUUGCCUUAGCCUGUUACUUCAGCAAUGGAGAACCCCACUACCAUCGAUGUUCCAGAAUUCAAGACCUGUAUGGAAACCUGCACUUACUGUUUAUGACAAUAUUAUCCCAGUUCUGUGCCCGUGUAAAACACGGUUUGUAAUUUGAAGUGAGGCAUGGUGUUUGGGAAGAAGACAAAUACAGUUUAUUUUCACGUGUACUCUUCUACAGACUAUGCACUUUUAAAGUAGAUGGAACCUGUCCAAAAACCUGGUUCUGAAAACCCGCAGUGUUCUCUGCUUUUGUUGGCAAUAGGAGGUUCUGGGAGCCUGGCUCCAGCCUUGGACCUCUGAACUCAUGAAGAGCAUUUGAUUCAAUUACAAUGGGAGUUGCUUGGAUGCUGUCUCUAGAUUUUUUUGAGGGGAAAUAAUAGUCUUGAUUUCCAUGUUUCCUUCUCUUACAAAUCAGAGUCUCAAGAAAUUGUGUAACUUGCAUUUAUGUUAAAAUUAAAUAGAUAAUGCUGUC